GAAGAACCACCUUACUUACUUACGUAGAUUUAACCAAGUUUAAUUCGAUCAGUCACCUUGAUGUGUUGUCUUUGGAGUACCUACAGUUAGUGGCCAGGCUUCAAACACAUUCUAUUGUACAUCAAUAAAUGAGUGGAAUAGACUGCCUGUACAUGUCAAAGCCUGUCAUAGCAGGAGCCAGGUCAAGAAGACAGCCAAAAGAUACUGUGAAUCAUCCAGUUCAAGAAGAAAUUGAGUGCAUCCAUUUUAAAUGGACAGAAGCAAGAAAAGAAAUAUGAAGAUUGUAAAAGGAGGGGAAAGACACAUUUAUGCAGAGGUGGAUGCCAACAACGAAAAUAUUACAGAUGAAGCUCUCCCAAGAUUGGAAGCACUGCAGAAGCGAACAAAUGAUCAGCCCAUUGUAUUAGCAAACACUGAAAUGAGAAGCUUCCCAGUUGUUCCAAAAAUUAGUCAGGAAUUAAAAGCUCUUGCUGCCCAAAAGAAAAACAUUGCCUGUUGUGACAGAAGAGACAAGAGAAAACUGGGUGGCAUUCAGAUGGCUUCAUUGCCAGAGAGUGCCUCAAAUAUUUAUGGAGCUCCAGAAAUUCAUUCAACCCUUCGUGUUGGUGAGGCUUUGUUAAAUGCUCGACAAGAGAAGCCAAAUUUAUCGCUACUCGUAAAAAACAAAUUAGACUCGCCCAAUACAUCUUCAAAGAUUAAAAGACAGACUGCUAAACAAGUUAAUGUAUCAGAAUCAAAAGCCAUAUUCCAUGAGUUGGUGUCUGUUGAUGUCAGUGAAGAAGAAGUAGCAAAACAGCUCAAGGAUUUGCUCAAUUUAAGGGCAGCAACAGUACGGCCUGCAUCAAGACCUCGGGAUUCUGAACCACAGUUAAUCGAUAUCUUUGACCCAGAAGAAUACGUGACUACAACAACAGCUACUAAUAUAAAGGUUCGCAUUCCUUUUAGUAGUGUUAAACCACAGACUGUACAUAGGGAAGAGCUUUGCCAGUUAUAUAAUGAACUAUAUUAAGAUAAUAUGUUCAUCUACAUUAAAAUGUUUUUGCAGUCCU